AUGAUACACCACACCAGCGGCCAGGCGGUUACUUCGUUCAGUGUGGCUUCAAGCCGUCGCUACCGCACGGCGGAUGGAGAACAGCGGGAAGAAACGGAGUGGUUCAACGUCAGCGCGUUUGGCCGGCUUUCAGAGAUCUGUAACCAGUACCUGACCAGAGGCCAGCAGGUAUACGUUGAGGGGCGCUUGAGAGGUCGGAGCUAUACCGACAGAGACGGUCAGCCACGGUAUUCGCUGGACAUUAUGCUCUCGGAAAUGCAGAUGCUGGGCCGUCGCGGUGAAAACGAAUCCGGUGGCGGUGGCGGCGGAGAGAGCUAUGGCGGAGGCCGCGGCAUGGGCGACGGAGAUCCACCACCUUACGACGACUCAGACGACCUGCCCUUUUAG